GAAAAUGAACUGACAGGGAAUACGAGACCAGGUACCUGAAGGAAGCAGGUAUUUAAUUAUAUACAAACAGUGACAAGUCUCGCCCAUUUCUAAUUCCUGGCAAGGCGGCCGUGGCAGCGUGCAGGAUACACACCCCAGAGCUAUGAAAAGAAAAAUUAGCACAAAGGAACUAAUCCAGGGGGGUGAGAGAAAGUGAGGGGUUAUUUUAACUCUGAAGAUCGCUGCAGUCAGGUAUCACCGAGACACUAAUGGUCUUAUAAUUGCAUUGCUGAACUUGUUAAGGAAACGCACAUUUGGGACUUAUAUUUGGUAGAGGUCACAGAGUGAUAGAUGACUACCCAGAAGUCCAAGUGGGCAUACAGGCUCCUGACCAUCAUUCUAGCAGGUCAUUUCCUCGUGGCUUUGGCUGAGGAGCCAGAUGUGUUACAUCAUGUAUGCGCAGAGGGGGACUGUUAUCCAGCUACUGGGAACCUUCUCAUUGGAAGGGAUAAGAGUCUCACCGCCACUUCCUCCUGUGGGAUAGAAACUCCUCAGGAAUACUGCAUCGUUAGCCAUCUCCAGGAUUCUGAAAAAUGCUUCAUCUGUGAUUCCCGAGAACCACACCAAAGGGAGAACCACAGAAUUGGAAAUGUUAUAUACCUAACUGGACCCAACGGAGAGAAAACAUGGUGGCAAUCAGAGAAUGGUGUGGAGUCAGUGAGUGUUCGCCUGGACUUGGAAGCAGAGUUCCACUUUACACAUCUCAUCCUGAAAUUCAAGACUUUCCGCCCUGCUGCCAUGCUGAUAGAGAGGUCUUCAGACUAUGGACAGACUUGGAAGGUCUACCGUUAUUUCUCUUAUAACUGCACCAAAAUGUUCCCAGGGGUUCCUGUCCAUGCUUUGCAGAAGAUCGAUGAUGUCAUUUGUGACCAACGCUACUCGGACAUCGAACCAUCUAGUGAAGGAGAGGUUAUUUUCAAAGUUCUUGAUCCAUCUAUCAAAGUAGAAGAUCCAUACAGUCUGGAAAUUCAAGAACUUCUUCGUAUUACAAACCUCAGAAUAAACUUCACUAAGUUACACACCCUUGGGGAUAACCUUUUGGAUCAACGUGCAGAAGUUCUCCAGAAGUAUUAUUAUGCUGUGUACGAGCUGGUGGUGCGCGGAAGCUGUUUCUGCUAUGGUCAUGCUUCUGAAUGCUCCCCGGUCGAAGGGGUUGAAGCGGCAGUAGAAGGAAUGAUACAUGGAAGAUGUGUGUGUAAACAUCACACAAAAGGCUUGAACUGUGAGCUCUGCCAGGACUUCUAUCACAAUCUCCCCUGGAGUCCAGCCGAAGCAAACAACCCUCAUUCGUGCAAACAAUGCAACUGCAACAACCAUUCCAGAAAGUGUCACUUUGACAUGGCUGUGUAUCUGGCUACUGGCAUGGUAAGCGGGGGUGUUUGUGACGACUGUCAGCACAACACCAUGGGACGCAACUGUGAGCUCUGCAGACCUUUCUAUUACCACGACCCAAGGGCAGAUAUUCGAGCAGAAAACGUUUGCAUUCCCUGUGACUGUGACCCUGUGGGAUCCUUGGAUGGUGGAGUUUGUGACAGUCACACAAACGUCAACCUGGGAAUGAUUGCAGGACAGUGUCGCUGUAAAGAGAACGUGAAGGGCAAGAGGUGUGACAGCUGCAAGGAGAACUUCUAUGGCUUGAGUAGGAACGAUCCUUUCGGGUGCCAACCAUGCAGGUGUGACCCACGUGGGACUGUCCCUGGGAACACGCCAUGCGACCAGAUUAGUGGCGACUGCUACUGUAAGCGUUUUGUGACUGGAAGAUACUGUAACCAGUGCCUGGCAGAAUUUUGGGGCCUUAGUAAUGACAUGACAGGAUGCCGCCAUUGUGACUGUGAUUUUGGAGGAUCCUAUAACAACAGGUGCUCACUGGAAGAUGGGCAGUGUGACUGUCGCCCUAAUAUUAUAGGGCGCCAGUGUGAGGAUGUGCAGCCGGGAUACUUCUGUAUGCCACUGGACUAUUACAUGUAUGAAGCAGAAGAUGCCAAAGGUCUUUCACCUACUGACCCCAAUACACCAGGCACACCAAAACCUGAGGCCCAAACAGACUGUGUAGAAUAUUAUAACGGGAUACAAAAUGGGAAAAAAGUAAGGCUACGUCGCCAGAGGAGAACCAUCCGCGUCCUGCAUCAAAGAGCAUCUCAGCGCCGUGCACGCCAGCUGCAACAGAAGCCUGAUGUAGAGAUAAUCCGCAAAGAACACUCACCUGAUCACAUGAUUACAUGGACCGGUCUCGGAUUUGCCCGAGUCAGGGAUGGAGCCGGCUUGUUAUUCCACAUCAGUAACAUCCCUUAUCCAAUGGACUAUGACAUCAUGAUCCGAUAUGAACCCGAGUCUGCUGAGGAUUGGGAAGCCACUGUAAGUGUGACAUCCCAAAUGUUACCCAUGAGCCCGCGGUGUGGCAAUGUGUUGCCCUCUGAGCAAAUGUACAAGGAGAAACUGCCACACACAGAGAGGUAUUUGGUGCUACCCAAACCUUUCUGCUUCGAAACUAAUAACCAGUAUGAAAUCAGCAUUCGGUUCCAGCGCUGGGGAGCAACCAAUCGGCACCCAGGAGCCUUUAUUCUCAUUGAUUCGCUGGUCCUUCUGCCAAGGAUCUCAGAGUUGCCUGGUUUCCAUGGAAAUGACCCUGUGGCUGUGCAUCACCGAGAAGAGAUGGAACGCUACAUGUGCCUUGACUCUUUUAAAAUGGCCACCAUGCCAGUCCUAGCAGAAAUGUGCAUUAAACUGCUGUGCAGCAUCUCAGCCAUCAUCCAUGAUGGAGCUUUGCCCUGUCUCUGCGACAUGCAAGGUUCACUCAGCGCUGUCUGUGAUAAAAUUGGGGGACAGUGCAAAUGCAAGCCCAAUGUGAUUGGCCAACGCUGUGACCAGUGUGCACCGGGCACCUAUGGAUUUGGUCCUUACGGGUGCAACAAAUGUGACUGCCAUCCUCAGGGUUCCAUCUCCAGGUUCUGCAACCCUUUCACUGGGCAGUGCCAGUGCCACAGCAACAUGUUUGGCAGACAGUGUGAUCAGUGUGGACCUGGGCAAUGGAACUUCCCCAACUGCCGCCCCUGCCAGUGUAACGGCCACUCAGAGGAGUGUGACCCUAGGACAGGAGCCUGCAUCGGCUGUCGUGAUUUCACCAGUGGCCGACACUGUGAUAAGUGUUUGGAUGGAUAUUAUGGUGAUCCCAUUUUGGGCUCUGGUAAGCAGUGCCGCCCUUGUCCUUGCCCUGGCUAUCCUGGCAGCCGAAAUUACCACGGUAGCUCAUGCUAUGCCGACAGAGAGUCCAACCAGAUUGUGUGCCUCUGUGCUCCGGGUUAUGGAGGCACACGAUGUGAUCGCUGUUCAUCAGGAUAUUUUGGAAAUCCCGACCAGGAGGGAGGAGAAUGUCGACCUUGUCAGUGUAACCACAAUAUAGAUCCCACAGACCCCGAGUCAUGUGACUCACGCACUGGCGCCUGCUUGAAAUGCCUGUAUAACACACAGGGGACAAACUGUGGGGAGUGCAAAGACGGAUACUUUGGCAGUGCGGUGCAGCGCAAUUGCCGUCGCUGCACCUGCAAUGAACUCGGUACUGUACAAUCAAGAUGUUUUGGAGACAACUGUCACUGUGACAAGGUGACUGGGCAUUGCCCAUGCCGUGCUAACGUGGAGGGCAAGAACUGUGAUCAGUGUGUAACCAACUUUUGGAACUUUGGAGGGGAACUGGGUUGUGAGUCCUGCGCCUGUGAUCCGGCUCAUUCCAUUCGACAAGACUGCAAUAAAUUUACAGGACAAUGCCACUGCCAGUCUGGGUUUGGUGGGAGAGUCUGCUCAAACUGUCAACAAAAUUAUUGGGGCGAUCCUCAAAGAAAGUGUCAAGCUUGUAACUGUGACCAAUAUGGUUCGGAGAUUCAGCAAUGUGAUUAUCUUACCGGGAAAUGCAUAUGCCGGGAAGGUUUCACCGGUCAGCGAUGUGAUCAGUGUGGCAGAGGAUUCAAGGACAAUUUCCCAAGGUGCACGGCUUGCCACCAAUGCUUUGGCCAGUGGGACCUCACUAUUGGUCAGCUUGGAAGUCAAAUUCGUAGGAUCCAGCAGAAAGUUUCUAAUCUAAUAGAGGUCGGAGAAGCUCCUGAAUUUAGCAACAGUAACAUUCGGGAACUGGAGGACAAACUAAGGAUCAUUCAAGAGCUGAUAGAAGAUGGAGGCAUUGAGGGUACUCGGACAUUGGAGCAAAUGAACAAAUUAGUGAACAAAAUAAGGACUGAAGUUGCUCUCCUCUCUUUUAAUCUCCAUAAUGGAGAAAAGAAAAUGAAUGAUACCACAGCUAAAGACAGAAAGCAAAACAGAAGGCUUGACAACCUGCUAUUAGAUGUUACUCAAGUCAACAAGACGGUGUAUUUGCUAAAGUCCCAGAUAGAAGCCAUAGCUGUCGUAGGAUUCAAUGAGUCCUACAGCAGCAUUCGAAAGUCCUACUUAGAGUCUAUGGCUGCUGAAAGAAUUGCUAAUGGCUCUGUAUCAGGACCCGGAAGUCCUGUUUUCCAAUCUCGGCAAACACGUCUAGAAAUCGAGAAACAUCUGAAGGACAAACUGGAUGCCUAUAGAAAAAACACGACCGCACAGAAGAGCUCCCUGAAAGAGCUUCAAAAAAAGGUUCAGGAUCUGAAUGUCAACCAUAUCAACGUGAAGAUUUGUGGAGCGCCCGGUGACCAGCCAUGCGAUCAAGCACCAUGCGGUGGAGCUAACUGCAGAGACGAUAAAGGCCAGAGAAAGUGUGGUGGGGAGGGGUGUAAUGGAGCUGUGCCAAUCUCUACCAAGGCUCUCAAAAAUGCUCAAAAUGCAACAAUUGCACUAGAAAACAUGGCUAAUCAGCUCAAUGACAUAUCCCAAAAGAUUCAGGAGGUCCAGGGAAUAGCUCAGGAGGCAAAGGCUCAGAGUGAGUUAACACUAAACAAAGCAGAGGACGCCAAACGGAGAAUGGAGGAUUCCACAGAUAAACUGCGGCAAUUUAUAAAGAAGAUAAAAGAUUUCCUGACUGAGGAAGGCGCUGAUCCAGAGAGCAUAGAACUAGUGGCCAGACAGGUCCUGAAUAUCUCUCUACCUGUCAGCCCCGGUGAAGUGGAGAACCUAGUGAAUCAGAUCAAGGAGAGCAUUGGAAAUCUUAGUGGAGUAGACAUGAUACUGAACAACACUGCGGAGGACCUGAUCACUGUCAAGAAACUGCUAAAAGAAGCUGAGGACGCACAGAACAAUGCUGAAGCUGUAAGUGGAAAAAUCUCGGACACUAGAGCCCUUCUGGAGGAUGCAGGUACGAAGGCAACAGCUGCAGAGAAGGCUUUGAAAAAGGCAAAACAGAAUAUCAAAGGACUGAAAACCAAAGUGGACGAGUCUACAGACAAAGUGGCAGAAAUAGAAGAAACGGAGAUGAUGAUGAUGGAUCGUUUGGGAAACCUUUCCAAGCAGGUAGAGGACUUACAAAAGAAGAUGGAAUCCAAUCAACAGUUGGCUGCUGAGGCAACAAACUUGGCCAACGUAGCCCUUUCUGUCUCUGGGCAGCUUGAUCAGGAUAUGGACAAAGUUAAAAAGAAAUACUUGAAACUGAAAAACAAGGUUGGGGAUGCAGACAGUUCGUCGGGGAAUGCCAUGGACAGAGUAAGAAAGAUAACAGAAGAAACAAAGGAUUUACUUAAGAAAGCAACUGAUGCCAAAAAGAAGCUAGACAGUCUAGAUGGCAAAUUCUUGGCUAAUCAAGAAAAAAUGCAAGAGAAGAUCUUUGAACUUAGGAGGCUUGAAGACGAUACAGAAAAAUUACUGAAUGACAUCAGAGAGAAGUCCCAUAUAUAUGCUACCUGUGUUUAAUUCUCUGACAAUCUAAAGCUAACAUUCCCCUUUCAAAUCUAUACUAGCCCUCUCCAUGUCUUCAUGUAUUUUGCAGUUCUGGUCUACAAAACUUGCACAUUCUCCUGUGUCGACCAAUACAGAAUCCCAAGAUCCUCCCUCCUCGAUUUUCCUCUGUUUGUUCCGGACCGUGAUUGAUCGAUUAAAAACUGCCCCAUGUAUAUUUGAUAAACCUGCCAUCUGGCUCUUAAAGUGUUAACAGAACCCAGACACUCCCCAACCUAAGCAGUUGGUGUAGUUUGUAGCCUUAGAUUUUUUUUUUUUAAUUGUAUUUGACUACGGGGGUGCCUUGGUGUAAUCCAAAUCUAGAAAACACAUAUAUAUGUUUUGGUGAAUAUGAGUCUUUGUUUUACUCCAAGAUAUAUUUAUUUAUACCCCUUACAAUAAGACGAUGGCCUUUAGGUGCCCAUUGAAGAACUUAUGGUGCUAGCAGGUUUAUUUAGACGGAAUGCAGACAAGUAUAAUCUUGUAUCUGUAUAAUAAAGACAAAUUUGAUAUUAAA